AUGGUGGGACCCUUUAUGCAGGGUCUUUUCUUGAUCGGCAUCAUCUACUGGUAUUCCAAGGGCAUGAUGUCCAUGAUCAACGACUACUACAGAGGGGAGUUCCAGCGGAAGUUGCAAGCGGAACCAUCCAAGCCGAAGGCAGAGGCACCCAUCAAUGUGGACAACUUUAUGGACUAUGUCAGGGAGUUGGACCCUCCGGAAGAGGUUUCCAGAAGCCCAGAGGAAGGAUCAGUACUUCCACCUUUAACAAAGACCCACAGCCACACACUCUUGCGAUUCCUGGAGAUCACCGGCGCACUUCCAGCUUUAGAUGUUUGCCCUGCCACGAGCAACAUAAGAAAGCUAGUCCUAUGACAGUUACAUUAAGUGCAUUUUAUAUGACUUUCGUAGAAUAAAGAAUCAUAAUAAAAAGCUUAAUUGCAUACUUAUAGGUUAAGAGAAGUGUACUUUUAUAUAAUAUCUCUUAAAUAAAUAUAUCCCACCCAACA